ACGUCAGACCUACCGCCACCAGCUAAGGUGAUGAAUCUGUCUGAAUGAAACUGGAAUAUGACUCUCUGAAGUGCUCAAACUUGGACCUGGGCAAAGUUUUCUUGUUUUCCUAUUCCCUUCUAAGCCUCAAAUGUUCUUGCAUAUCGUCUCCAAUGGAUCUGUGUGGUGAGCAAUGACUUCGCCAAAGAAAUCUAUGCCCUUUGUUGGUGUCCGCGUUGUCGUCGUCGUCGUCGUCAUCGCCUCAUUUGUGCUCAUUGAAUUCCGACCUGUCACCGGCCAGCCGACCUACAAUUACCAUUCCUGUUUAGGCUCACCCAAUGACACAGCAAACUCUACUUUCAGUUCCAAUCUUGCCUCACUUUUAGGUUCUUUAUCCGCCGGCGCAUCCGCAGGCAACAGCUUCUACAGGAACGGCUCGAGCGGCGUCUUCGGCCUUUUCCUCUGCCGGGGCGAUGUUCUGAGCAGCACCUGCCAGUCCUGUGUCGGGAACGCGACUCAGAUGCUCCCCCAACGAUGCACAUCAAACCGGACAGCGAUCAUAUGGUACGACGAGUGCAUGCUGCGGUACUCGGACACCGACUUCUUUGGAGCGAUAGCGACGGACGUGGUGGUCUUCAUGUGGAAUGUCCAGAACAAUACAUCGCCCGAUGAGCCGGAUGUGAAAGCACUAGCUUUGAUAUACAAUCUCGCGGCUACAGUUCCGAAUAAUGCUAUGUUGUAUGGAGUGCAGGAAUUUGACGGAGGCGAUGCCUCACAACGAAGAUAUGGACUUGAGCAGUGUAGUAGAGACAUCAAUGGUAGUCAGUGCGGCUAUUGUUUGGCUCAGCUGACAACGUAUAUCGGUAAGUGCUGUGAAGGGAAAAUGGGCUGGCGAAUUCUGACCCCGAGCUGUAAUCUCCGGUACGAGGAUUACCUUUUCUAUCGGCAGCAGGCGGCUUCACCUCAACCGGUUCCCAGUGCGACCCCGCCUUCAUCUACAGAUAAAGGAAAGGGAGGAAAAAACACGGCGAAGAUCGUAGCCAUCACUCUGUCGUUGAUUUCAGCAAUGGCAGCACUUCUGGUGUCUUGUUACUUCUUAUCCAAGCGUAGAAGGAGUCAGCAAGGAGAUGGAGGAACAAGGGAAGAAAUACUUCUACAAAGCAUGGAGGGUGCUGCGCAAGGGACAAACUUGAAGGACAGAGGCGCACACAAAGGAUUCCAAGACAAAAGCGGCGAGAUGCACUAUUUCGACCUGCUUACCAUAGUAACAGCUACAAACAAGUUCGACGAUGCGAAUAAGCUUGGAGAAGGUGGCUUCGGGCCAGUCUACAAGGGCAAGCUACCUGAUGGGAAAGAAAUUGCAGUGAAGAGGCUUUCGAUGAGAUCGAGCCAAGGCAUUGAAGAGUUCAAGAAUGAAGUGAUGGUCAUUGCUAAGCUUCAGCACCGAAAUCUGGUGAGGCUACUGGGGUGCUGCUUAGAGGGAGGCGAAAAGCUUCUUGUAUACGAGUACCUGGCCAACCGUAGUCUCGAUGCCUUCCUAUUUGAUCCUGUGAAAAGGAGGGAGUUAGACUGGACAAAGCAUGCGCACAUUAUCAAGGGAAUUGCGAGGGGCCUUCUGUAUCUGCACGAGGAUUCUCGGCUCAAGAUCAUCCAUCGAGAUUUGAAAGCGAGCAAUGUGCUAUUGGAUGAUGAGAUGAACCCGAAGAUAUCAGACUUUGGCACUGCUAGAAUCUUUGGGGGCAAUCAAACCGAAGCUAACACUAACAGGGUCGUCGGGACAUAUGGAUACAUGGCAUUGGAAUACGCUAUGAAGGGACUAUUCUCAGUGAAAUCCGAUGUCUACAGCUUCGGGGUCUUGCUGCUCGAGAUCCUCAGCGGCCGAAAGUGCAGCUCGGUUUAUGAGCAUGGUCAGAGCCUAUUAUCAAACGCAUGGCUACUGUGGAACGAAGGGAAAGGGACAGAGCUAGUAGAUGCAAACUUGAUCGGAUCGCGUCCAAGCAACGAAGCUCUAAGAUUGAUCCAUAUAUCGCUGUUGUGCGUUCAGGAGGAUCCCAAUGUCAGGCCUACUAUGUCGACGGUCAUCCUCAUGCUUGGGAGCGAAUCGGACCUUCCCCUCCCGAAAUCGCCUCCCUUCUCUAUAGGCAGAUCUUUCAUGCCGGAUCAAUCUUCCACCGGCACAGGCACCGGAUGCUUCUCUUCUGAUAAAUCUUCAGCAAGUGCAUCUACCUGAUCAUUAUUUCGGAGCGUAACAAAGUUCCGUGCGCUAAAUUUCACGAGAUUUAAUCAUCGCAAUCUUUAUGUACAUGGUGUCUCCUCCUCGAUACAGUACUACGGCUGGAAAUUUUUGAAUUUCAUUUGACAUGACAUAAGCUGUACAAGGUUUCU